GCGGGUUGUGCUGAAAAACACAAAUAACAAAGGUGAGCAUCACGGAAAGGUGUGGACUAGAGAUUCAGUCAUCAUUUCAUCAUUCCUCUAUUAUUUCACUCCGCUGUUCCCCCGAGCUGCCGUGAGUGGGGAUUUCCUGUCGUCGUUUCUGCCAUCUGUGACACAGGGAGACGGGAAGGCCUCUUCAGCUCUCCCUCCCUCCCUCCCCCUCUCCCCCUCUCUGUCACUGCAGCCCCUGACAAAAACACGGCAACACACUUUGCUCCCAGGAUAAUGAGAACCAGACAUGGCCUAUACAGCGAAAGAAGGAGAAGGCGAGGAGAGACAGAGGAGGAAGCGAGACAGAAACUGAUGCCAUGCCCGGCAUGAAACAGCGAAGAUUAAUAAUGAGUUCAUUUAGACCACAGGCUGCCUGGACGAGCAGAAACACAGCCGCGAGCCAGCAGAGCGUCCGCCUCGAAGCCGUCACGGACCCAGUGCCUGGAACGGGAGAAGAGUCUAGCUGGAAGGCACAUAGGCUGCAAUGGGGAACAUUUUCGGGAACCUGCUGAAAAGUCUGAUUGGGAAGAAGGAGAUGCGCAUUCUGAUGGUGGGGCUGGACGCAGCUGGGAAAACCACCAUCCUGUACAAACUCAAGCUGGGAGAGAUCGUCACCACCAUACCCACCAUAGGUUUCAACGUAGAGACGGUGGAGUACAAGAACAUCAGCUUCACGGUGUGGGACGUGGGCGGGCAGGACAAGAUCCGGCCUCUCUGGAGACACUACUUCCAGAACACCCAAGGACUGAUCUUCGUGGUGGACAGUAACGACCGGGAGAGGGUGAACGAGGCGCGGGAGGAGCUGAUGAGGAUGCUGGCGGAGGAUGAGCUACGUGACGCUGUCUUGCUGCUCUUUGCCAACAAACAGGACCUGCCCAAUGCCAUGAACGCGGCCGAGAUCACGGACAAACUGGGCCUGCACUCCCUGCGGCACCGCAACUGGUACAUCCAGGCCACUUGUGCCACCAGCGGCGACGGGCUGUACGAGGGCCUGGACUGGCUGGCCAACCAGCUCAAGAACAAGAAGUGAGCCAGGCCUGGCGCUCAAGGGCGUGCCAGACAGUCUUUGUCUUCGUCGUUGUUGUUAUUGUUGCUGUUCUGUUGUUGGGUGGGUGAGUGUUGGCUGGAUCUUAGGCACACGUGCUCACACACAGGUCAGACAAUGAACCGCUGCAUGCUGAUUUGGCCGAAUGUCUUGCUGAUGAAAGUGGGAAUACUGCGAGUCAGGUAUCUUCCACUCGUUUGUGUUUAUUUGCAGAAUGUCAGAUUGAGGUUAUAUGGGAGCAGGGGAGGGGUGUCACUAAAGAUUUUGGGCCCCAUGAAAGCAUAUCAUGCUGGGCCCAUGGAACCGACACCAGUCAUGUUUUCUACAAAAUUAUUUAAGUCCCCCCCCGAGCUCAUCCUGCUAAGAACGUGCAUUUAGGGAUGGAGGCUGUGUGAUGAUAUGUCACAUUUCAUGGCGUCUCUUCUGGAAUGGGGUGUCAUACCUACGUUUUGUGAGUUUGUGACUUUUGAGUGGAACGAGAAAAUGCUUUCGUUGUAAAGUCUCUGUGUGACCUCGUAGACUGCGAAUAAGAUUCCGUGUCGAUUUAACAAAUGGCCCUACUUCUCCGCCGUGGGCAGUGGCUGAGAAAAUAGUGUAACUUAGCUCCAUCUGUUUUCUGGGUUUGGUUUCGUUAAAUGCUGGCGUGCAACUAAUCUGUCUAAUUAGAUUCAAAUCUUUAAGUCAAUUCAGUUGUUCUUUCAUUCAGCGUUUUUUUUUUUUUUUAUGUAAUAGCUACGGAUCCAGCAGAAGCUGCUUUUUUUCAUUACAGUUUAUUACAAGCUGUGACUGUCAUGGUGCAUUUAUUUGGUUUUGCUGUUUUUUUUUUUUUAAUUAACGCUACCAUAUUUAAAAGGAGCUGCUGCUGAAGGGAGACAACAGCCACAUAGAUAUAGCUAUACACGCAUAACAGCAGGCAUGCUGGGAUUACGACUGAACAAACGCUGAAAACACUUUGCUGUGUAUUUUCUACUCCAGUUCAUUUUCUGUUCCCCUCUAAGCCGUUCUGGCUGUCAGUAACAUCAGCUUCCUGCGAAGUCGCCUGGACAUGGGAACAGUGUGUCGCUGUCACCGUUGUACUUGAGCUGCACUUACGUCGUGUUUGAGGUUGGCAAAGUACCGGAAUGGAGCCCUAGCGCUUCACUCAGAGGCUGGUCAUCCAUCCACGCCGCCGCAAUGCCCUCUGCUGCGUGCGAAAGUAGCCUUGCCAGGCCUCGCAUGGCCAGAAGAGCUGGGAAUGAGCUCACACAGUCGAUUCAUCUGCUUCGUGCAGGAGACACACAGGAGGACGGCAAGGCUGCACGCGGCGCAUUUCCACAUGUGCUGCAAGUGUACUUCAGGGGGAGACCAAGAAACAUGAUUUAAUCUCUGUGUCGGUUUGCAUUAUUUCUGUAAAUAUUUCUCUUAUUCCUUGGUAGUGAUGCGUGCAUUGUGAGCGACACGCCAGAAACGAAGUAGUCAGCCUGCGCGUUCCCAGGCUGAAAAUGUAGUAAUCUGCCGUACAGUGAUUUUACUUUCCUGAUGUUUAGUGGACAUUAAGUCAGAUUGAUUCGGAUAAUAUUCAUUCUCCGAUUGACGGUGACGUAAGUGUGAAUGGAGUUUUCUGUUAUUCGUAACAGGCCUCUAGGUUACUGCUGUUUGUGUAGCCUGCCUGACAGUCCUCCGCACGCUGCAUUUUAAUGAUCAUGCACAGUGCCGUGCGUGGGAGUACUGCGUCUGCAUUUGUCUAUGUGAGCCACCUUCUGACUGUGCCUGCAGACACUCAUGGAAAUAAUCCACGAUAAAGCAUCCUGAGUAAGUCACUUUUUUUAAACACUAAAGAGGAAUUAUGUAUAUUUUACUCAAAUUGGUCUGAAAAUUCAAUGGUGUUCCACAUUCUUGUAUAAUGUCUUAUUUAUCUUGUAAUUAUUGCCUGUGUAUUUCUAUUUAAUAUAAAAAUGUGUUUUAUUUUUGGAAAGUUUUUGAUGUUCAAUCCAUUGGCUUCUCUUAAAAAUGUGACUUUUUGGUGUAAGUUUACUGUUCAAUUUUAAUAGCUAUACCAACUGAAAAUAUUUUUUAGCAAUGAAAAAUUUGUUUAUCAGGUUAUCAUGUGAUUCAUUUUUGCAGUCAUUCCAUUGUAUACUGCUUUAUAGGGAGAAUAAAUCUGUUCUUUUUCUGUU